CCGGCCGCUUGACGCCGUCGCACAGCGGAGUGACGAAAGUUACUUUCCACGUGAGUCUCCGAGUUCCGUCGCACGCAGGAAUCGCGAACCGAACAAAAUGGGAGGUAAAAAUAAGCAAAGGACCAAAGGAAACUUUCGGCCUUCCAGCAGCGGCAGGGCCGCCGAGCUCCUGGCCAGGGAGACGGGUGCUGUACCCGGUUUCGUAGGCUUCAGCAGCUCCUCGUCCGGCGACCUUUGCUACGUUCCCGCGGUGCACGGGGCGGACGAGAUCGACAGCCUAGUAGACGCCGAUUUCCGAAUGGUUUUGCGAAAACUGUCCAAAAGAGACACCGUCACCAAACUGAAGGCUGUUCAGGAAUUUGGUGCCAUGUGCCAAGAACGGGAAUCUGAGAUUGUCAAAGGUGUUCUUCCUUACUGGCCCAGGAUCUACUGCAGGAUAUCUCUGGAUCACGACCGCCGAGUCCGUGAGGCCACGCAGCAGGCAUUCGAACAGCUGAUUUUGAAGGUCCGCCGGAACCUGGCCCCGUACCUAAAGAGCAUCAUGGGACACUGGCUCAUCGCUCAGUGCGACACGUAUCCCCCGGCGGCCUCCGCUGCGGUCGUGGCCUUCCAGGUGGCCUUCCCUCUCAACAAGCAGACGGAAGCACUGAGUUUCUGCAAGGAGGAAGUGCUCAGUAUCCUCCUCGACAACCUGCUGAAGGAGACCCCUGAGACCAUCAGUGAUCCCCAGACUGUGCCUGAGGAGGAGAGGACAGCCAAAUAUUUGCGCCUGCUGACCAGCUCGCUGCUGGCUGUGAAGAAGCUGCUGACCACUCUACCCCAACGGGAUCUGGAUCCCCUGGCAGAGAAGCUCACCCACCUCCUCGCACAGGGCAAGUUCUGGAAGUACGGCAAGCACAAGAGCCCACAGAUUCGCGGGGCCUUCUUCGAGGCCGUGUCUGCGCUCUGCGAGUGCACGCCCCAGCUGGUCCAGGCCGAGUCCCCCCGAGCCUGCCCCAUGGUCCUCCUCAGCAUCGACGACACGGACCCCGUGGUGCUGCCCGCUCUCUGGGAGGCUGUCCUGCACGUUCUGUCCAGCAUCCCUGACUGCUGGCUCCAUGCUAACGCCCGGAAGGGGGUUCUCCCCAAGCUCUGGCUCCUCCUGAGGGAGGGCGGACGAGGUCUGGCCACCGUUCUCUACCCCAACCUGCUACCCUUCAUCAGCAAGCUUCCUCAGGAGGUUCUUGACCCGGGUUUGGACUUCUACAGCAUCUUCUUCACCUCCGUCAUACAGGGGCUGUCCAGUGAGCGGGCCGCCUGCAGCCCAUCGGAGAGUGCAGCCAUAAUCUCCGCCGCUAUGGAGUGCCUGCGGUACAGCGUGCUACAGAAUGCGACGGAGGACGAGGAGCAUCGCAGGGUCCAGGACAUGCUGCUCCGAGAGCAGCUCCUGCCCUUGGUGGACAGCGCGAUCGGCAACUCGGCCCUGCAGAACGGGCCCCUCUUUCCACAGGUCGCGCACAUUCUGGCUUCCUGGGAGAAGCGAGGUGGAUGGGGGGCGGGGCCCCCUGGCGAGGGCGGGGCUGAGGCUGCCGACCCCACGUUCUGCCGGCUGGUAUCUGACCUCUGGGAGGGCCUGGAGCGACUGUGCGUGCAGCGUGUGGACAGUGAGGAGGCACAGCAGGGGGCGCUGAUGGGCGUGGCGGUGCUGCUACGGACUAUGCGGAACCCCAAGGCUGGAUCUGGUACAAAUGGGCACGGGAAGAAGGCAGUGAGGAUCUGCUUCACUGACCCAGAUGGUGAAGAUAGCAGGCAGGAGGUUCGGGAAGGGAGAAAGGGGACUGAGGAGCCACCCCUCCUAAAGAGCGGCCGUCUGGAGGGGUUGGUGUGCACGCUGGCGGAGUUGGCCGUGACGUACUUGACCGACCGCGACUCCGCACACCACCUCUGCUUCCUCUCUGCCCUCCUGCGCUCCUUCGCCUCGCCCCGCGUGUUCCAGGCUCUGCUGGACGCGGAUGUGGAGGCGGACAGAGGGAUGGACGCAAGCCUCGAAUACCUCAGGAAGCCUGGGGAGACGCUGACCCAGAACCCGGCCGUUCUCUUCCUCCUACGGAAGGUAAUCGUCUGGCUGAGGCGAGAGCGAGAGGAGGAUACGGAGCUCCUGGUCAGCAUGGUCUUCAGCUCCCUGCUCUGCUGCAGCACACAGGAGGAGAAGACCCUCAUUCUCAACCACAUGACCAAUAUGGACCUCAGCUGGGGUGUCCUCCUGCAGAUCAUCCGGAAGGCAUGCGCAGACACAGACUUGUUGAACGCCGCUGUGGGCUGGCUAAAGGGCCCGGUCCUGGGGGAGAAGCUGGUGGAGCUGGCCGGGAGGCUCUGCACGGCCGGUUUGAGGGGCCCCGGGGGGGUCUCCGCCAGCGCCGGCAGCCACACGCACAGCUGGGCGCUGGUUAGCUUGGUGCUCUCCCAGCAACUGAACAACGAGGCGGUAAUCGGCGAGUCGUACGUGGAGAAGAUCAUCACGCAGCUGCAUGACACGCUGUCGGAGGCCAAGGGCCUGCUGGAUGCAGGCGACAUGGAGCCGCUGGUCUCCUUCAUCUGCGACGUGGCGUCUAACUUCUUCUCGUCCAUGAAGGGCUGCCUGCAGCUGGUUUCGGCCGAAGACCUGCUGCUGACACUAUUCCAGCUCUGCGCCCAGGACCAGGACGCCAUGCGUCUCUCUGACUCAUCUCUGCUGAAGCUGAGGCACGCCUGCUUCACCGGAGCUAGUUCGUUGGUGGGCCAUUCUGACCCGGAGAUAAGGGAGGGCAGCUUCCUCUAUAGCGCCGCCCUGUGGGUCAGAAACCAGCUGUUCUCAUGCACCUUUGGGAUGAAGAGCCUCCGGGUCCUGAUAGCGGCGGUGCAGAACUUGGCGGAGACCGUUGUGAACGCCGGGCAGCGCGGCCCCCAUCUGCUGGUGCAGUUCAUCUCCCACCUGACCCCCACCGAGGAGGAAUGGAGAAAGAUGAGGCAGGCACUGCCCCCACAGUGGGUCAAGCGGCCGCUGUUGUCAGGUCGGCUCAGGAUCACCUGCGAUUACCCCCCUGUGGAUGUGUGGAAGCUCCGCGCCUCCCCCCGACUCCCCUCCCACCUGUCCACCGUUGCCCUUCUGGGCCAGCUCCUCUGCAUGGUACCUGAAGAGCAGCAGGGUGUGGGCUCACUAUGGCCGCCUGACGCCAAGCACACAGUUUCUGAGGUCUUGUACGCGCUGCAGUGGUGCGAGGAGAUGGAGGGUAGCCCCGCUGUGGUGUCCGAGUUCUGUGGGAUGCUCCGGGAACUGAAUGUCACCGCGGAGCGAUUGAGGCAGAAAGGAGGAGAUUCAUGCGACGUAUUAGAGACCCUGUUUGAUAGAUCGCGAAAGGAGGGGGCACUGUGGUCCUUGACUUUGGAGAGCUACAUCCAGACAGAGGUUGACAGCGCUGAUAUCCGAAAGCUUUGCAAAAGUGUAGAGAGCCUUUUCCCCCUGACAGAGCCGGGUCUCUGCACCGCCCAGGUCCUCUGUCCCUCCCUGUCUUCAGAAGAGAGGGGUCACAUGGUGACCCUGAGUGUGGCAGCCCUUCUAGACUGGCACUGUGGGAGCCAGGACAAAGAGCACGUUGCGACGGCGAACCUGGCAGCCCUGCAUUGCUGCUUGCGCGCCGGGACCGAGAUCGGUGCAGAGGUGCUGCAGGGUAUCAUGGCCAUGUUGAUGGAAUGGCGCAGCUCCAAGGAAGAGCGGUUUCUGUUUGGCAGUGACCUGAAGAAGGUCCCUGCUGGGCUCCUGUCUCUCAAUGUGGAGAUGGGCCGCUUCCUGUGCUGGGGGGUCACGCAGUGUUCGGAGAUGCUCCUGGACACGCAGUGGGACUUCCUGCUCUGCUCCAUGUUGGCCUGGCUGGAGACUGUGACCGAGAAUACGGCCUCUUUCUGGAACCCCUGGGUGCAGCUGUUUGUUUGUGAGAACUGCGACCUCAUUGUGCAGCUGAGCCAGUUUUUCUCGUCGCCCCCUGCUGGAGCGGCUGACCAAAUGCCUGCCAACCUGGCCAGCGAGUGGGAGGAGUUCUUCGUUGAGGGAAUCCACACCCGGCUCUUGCCCCUCUUGGCCACCAUCACAGAGGAGUUCCCCGACCCAGAUGAUGCUCUCUUCCCCCUGCCUGUGCUGGGCGCGGUCGGGGAGGCGCUGUGCUACGUGCCGCUGCAGAUGGUCACGCAGAACAAGCUGACGCCUCGUUUUGUGGCGGCCCAGCGGACCAACCUACCUGAAUCGCUACAGACACUCCUGAACACUCUGGCCCCAUUGCUGCUGUUCAAGGCCCGGCCUGUGCAGCUUGCUGUGUUCCACGUCCUUGACAAGGUGAUGCCGGAGCUGCCGAAGUAUGACGUUGACAGCGACAACGCCAGAUGCGAGGGUGACAACGAUGACGAAGAGCCCAGCCUCUCGCCACCCGCCGCCCUGAUGUGCAUCCUGGCGACGAUGGAGGAGCUGUUGGACGGUAUCCUGGAUGGCCUGCAGGUGGGUGAGUGCGCUGUGGUGCAGCCCCACAGCGACGAAUACUGCUGCAUCCUGGGAUACCUGCUCAUCUGGAAGCUCAUUCUCAAUUUCUUCAAAGCCUCUUCCUCCCAGCUACGUGUGCAGUACUCGCAGUACUUGCGGAAGAGCGGCUCCCUCCACUGCUUGCUGCAGCAUCUGUUCCGCCUCAUGCCAGAGAACCCCUUCCUCCCCGGGCAGCCAGCCGAGUCGGGCGUCCGUGAGGCCAAGACCUUAUUCACUGAGGCUCUGCAGCUGUCUGUCCGCGGAAGCAAGGAUCUGGAGAGGGAGCUGGCCCACCUCGCCUGCUCGGUGUACCACGGCACGCUGAAGGACAUGCCCGCCAUGGCGCGGCUCUGGUGGAACAGCCAGGACAAGCGCGUCUCGGCCGCCGUCGACCGCUUCACCAGCAAGUACGUGAGCGGCGUGCUGUCCUCCCAGGAGAUCGCCGCCGUGCACAGCAGCACGCAGACCUUCCACAACAUGACGGUGAAGGCGCGCUCGGCCGCGCGGGAAGCCAUUGCCACCUACUCCGUGGAUGACAUCUUCAUCGAGCUGGUGAUCCAGCUGCCUCUGAAUUACCCCCUGGGCUCCAUCUCGGUGGAGAGCGGGCGGCGCGUGGGCGUCUCCGCGCAGCAGUGGCGCAACUGGACCCUGCAGCUGAGCACCUACCUGACGCACCAGAACGGCAGCAUCAUGGAGGGGCUGGCGCUGUGGAAGAACAACGUCGAGAAACGCUUUGAGGGUGUGGAAGACUGCAUGAUCUGCUUCUCUGUCAUCCACGGGUCAAACUACUCCCUGCCCAAGAAGGCCUGCCGAACGUGCAAGAAGAAGUUCCACUCGGCAUGUCUGUACAAGUGGUUCACAUCAAGCAACAAGUCCACCUGCCCUUUGUGUAGAGAGACGUUCUUCUGAGAGCCUCCUGCGAAUGGGAAGCAGUACAGACCAUUUCCAAGACUCUGAGCAGAUCGUAGAUCACCUGAUCAAAGCGGCCGGUGCGAUCGCUGUCUAUCCGGUCGCCUCGUACUUCGCAUUGUGGGUGCGCCUGCAAGGACGAGAGACGAGAGAGAUGCAGGAGUGCAAAUCUAUAAUUCUAAAAAGGCAUGUAUUCGCCUUUGUAAAUUGUGUGUUAAUCGACGUGCACAGAUUAGAAAUGACUCAUUUCGGGUUAAGUGAGCCACGUGAUUGCUGCUACCAGAGAAGAUGAGUCACGUUUGCGUCCUUCGUACCACGAUAAUGAGAACUCGGAUCAGAUGGCGAAAUUCUCAGGCCAUUUCACUUCUCUCUGAUGUCACCGAUGCAUUCGGGAUGGUGUAAAUUUGCGAAAAUAAUAUUAUAAUGAUAACUGGCGACUUAAAAGGCCUACAAAGAAGUUCCAUCUUUUGUAGUUGGUGGGUUCUCGUCCAAGUCUUUUUUUAUUAUUAAUUUCCAUGCCUGAGGGUUCGUACACAGAACUGCGGUGUGAUACUUUCGGAAAAGUGGCACCCAAAGGAGAGAACUUUUCUUAGCUCCCGCAAAGUUUGGUUAUCUUUUAUCUGAGGUACUCUGCCAAGCAGAAUUACCUAGAGGCCACAACAUGGGAGAAUUCGGUAGUAACAACAACAUAGCAUUAAGGAACUGCAUAGGUGAACCAAAUGUAUACAUCAGCUACCGCUCUACCACUGUACAGACGAAAUGCUUUGAAAUAAACUACAAAGUGCGAAUUUCA